CAACACAGAAUGCAGAACGGUAACAGACGUGCCAACGGGAAAAGUGGGUCCAACUGGAUCAUUCGACAUCACUGCUAAGAUAGUCAUAGGAAUGAUACAUGCUGGCUUAGGAUAUGCACAAAUAAGAAACUUUCUGACAGAAUGUAACUUGCCAGUCAUGAGUAAGUCUUGUUUCCAAAAACAUGAGAAAAAAAUUGGAAAAAUCUUUGUAUCUGCUGCUGAAGAAUCCUGCAAGAAAGCUCAACAACUGGAAAAAGAAAUUUCUACAGAUAAGGAGUUGGAGCUUGAGGUCAGUUUUGAUGCAGGUUGGCAAAAACGUGGGACAGGAUUCAAUUACAAUAGCUUAACAGGACAUGCUUCAAUGAUAGGAAAACAAACAGGGAAAGUGACCUGCUAUGAUAUAAGAAGCAAAAGCUGUAAAUUUUGUGAGCAUCAUGAGGGAAAGAAUGAAACAGUUCCAAGUCAUGACUGUUGUAAAAAUUGGUAUGGGUCUAGUAAGUCUAUGGAACCAGAUAUGGCUGUUUCCAUGGCACAUAAGAUGACUGAUAAUGAAUGCCCAAUUGACGUCAUUCAUGCUGACAAUGAUUCAACUACCAUGUUGAAACUGAAAAUGGACUUUGAAAACUUGAAAAAAAAGGAUGACCAAAAUCACACUACAAAAGGAAUAACAAAAUCACUGAUUGAAUUGUCUAAAAGGUAA